CAUUCCCCACAAUGCACCGCCCGGUCUCCAUAGAGAUGCUCCACACCGGAAGUGGAGGAUGACAGGCGGUCAGGUGACCGUCUGAUGGCGGAAGUGCCGGGCUGGGCGUGGCUGCGGCUCGGAGCGGGCGUGUGGUUGGUGGAGAGUGGUGGAGGGGGAGGAGCCGGGUGAUGGCGCUGUGUGUACGGGACCCGUGCGGGCUGCUCUGCCUCCUCCUCACCUACCUGAGUGUCGGCUACUCCGAGUACGUCAUCCUCCGACACAUCCUGCUGGAGGACUACGCCGGGAGUGUCUGGUGCCCGCUCCAUGCCGUCCUCUAUAAUCUCAUCGUCUUCAUGCUGCUGCUCUGCCACACCCGGGCCGUCUUCUCCGAUCCAGGUGUCGUACCGCUGCCGGAAAUGGCCAUCGACUUCUCGGAUCUGCGCGGCACGCCACGCAAAAACGACCGGGGCAAUGAAGACUGGACGGUGUGCAAUCGCUGCGAGACGUACCGCCCCCCGCGGGCGCACCACUGCCGGAUCUGCCACCGCUGCAUCCGCCGCAUGGACCACCACUGUCCCUGGAUCAAUAAUUGUGUCGGCGAGCUCAACCAGAAAUACUUCAUCCAGUUCCUCUUCUAUACCGCUCUGGCCAGCUUGUACUCCAUGGGUCUCGUCUUGGGAACGUGGCUUCUGCCGGCACUGAGGGGCGGCGACGCGGAGGACGCGGUGAAGGCGGGACAAGUACGCAGCCACGUGCAGAUAGCUCACUGUAUCCUCCUAUUGGUGGAGUCCGUCCUCUUCGGACUCUUCGUCACCGUUAUUUUCUACGAUCAGAUCGUUUCCAUCAUCACGGACGAGACCCCCAUCGAGCAGCUGCGCAACAAACUGCUUAAGGAGGCGCGCAAGGAGGUGACGCACAGCCGCAAGCCGAAGAUGGCGCUCCUGCGGGAAGUCUUCGGCAGAGGUUUCAUCAUCUGCUGGUUUUGCCCGUUGGUCACCCCCCCAUCCUCGGGGGGUCCGGCGUACAGCUACCUCCCGGACUAUGACGUAUAGAGGUCCUUGUAGGCGGAGCCUGACCUAUCCUGAGAUCUCCGGCCGCCUCCUCCUUCGAGCUUCUCUCUCUUCUUACCUCUUCUCUAAGGGCCGGAGUGUUGGCUCCGCCCGCUGUCCUCUGGGCAGCCAUCCGAUUGGUCAGUAUAUUGAAGGGGGGGGGGGUCCGGCUCGCUGCUGGCCCCCCUCCCCCUGUGGCCCCCUGUGGUCUUUGCACUGUGCGACGUCACACUAUGGAAUACUUGCUACCGAAAAAACUGCUGAAGCCGAACCGCGAUUUGUCAGUUUGGGCGCCUCGUGUUAAAGGGCCAGUCCACCCUAAACUGAUACGCCGGCAAAGCUGAAUCGUCCUGCAGGCAUUAUGAUUCUGAAUCCCCCCAUCCCCCCACAAGGCGGGGGCGGAGUCUCACAUCCUCUGCUGCAGUUGCUGCUGUAGAAGAACCUGCUGCCUUCCGCUUAGAGGGGGAAUAUCCGUUUCUGGGUGGAGUGACCCUUUAAACUUUUAUUUCCUGUGGUUUUCAUAAUCAUGUUUAUGUCGGGCUGCUGCUGCGCCCUCCUGGAUGCGAUCGCGCACAUGAAAGGAGGCGGGGCCAACAGCAAUCCAUUACGAUUUAAGUGAAGUAUUAUGACAAAAAUAAAAAAUUCUAAUGCUCCACCCAAAGAUAUUGGGUGGAGCUAAUUACGAGUUUACCAAAAGCAUAAUUUGGUAUUAGGGCGGAGCUUUAGGUUGGCGUGACCAAUUUACAGCCUGCGGCCGGGAUGGUAACGGUCCGUGUCGGUGGCAAUAAUUAUAUACACUCUGUGGCCAGAAAAAUAGAAGCCCCGCCCCUGAGCAUUGCUCAAUGGCUAGAAACCUAAAAAAAAAAAAACACCCCUGAGCAUUGCACAAUGGCCAGCAAAUUUGAAGCCCCACCCCUGAGCAUUACACAAAGGCCAGAAACCUUGAAACUCCACCCCUGAGCAUUGCACAAUGGCCAGCCCAUUGGAAACCCCACCCCUGAGCAUCACACUAUGACCAGAAACCUGGAAUACCCCACCCCUGAGCAUUGCACAAUGGCCAGCCCAUUGGAAACCCCCACCCCUGAGCAUUGCACAAUGGCCAGCCCAUUGGAAACCCCCACCCCUGAGCAUUGCACAAUGGCCAGAAACCUGGAAUACCCAACCCCUGAGCAUCACACAAUGGCCGGAAACAAAGAAACCCCAUCCCUGAGCAUUGCACAAUGGCCAGCCAAUUGUAAACCCCAUCCCUGAGCAUCACACUAUGGCCAGAAACAUGGAAUACCCCACCCCUGCGCAUCAUACAAUGGCCAGAAACAUAGAAACCCCACCCCUGAGCAUCGCUCAAUGGCUCGAGACCUAGAAGAAGAAAAAAACACCCCUGAGAAUUGCACAAUGGCCAGCAAAUAAGAGACCCCACCCCUGAGCAUCACACAAAGGCCAGAAACAUAGGAACCCCACCCCUGAGCAUUGUACAAUGGCCAGCCAAUUGUAAACCCUACCCCUGAGCAUCACACUAUGGCCAGAAACAUGGAAUACCCCACCCCUGAGCAUUGCACAAUGGCCAGCCAAUUGGAAACCCUACCUUUGUGCAUCACACAAAGGAUAGAAACCCCACCCCUGAGCAUCACACAAAGGAUAGAAACCCCACCCCUGUGCAUCACACAAAGGCCAGAAACAAAGAAAUCCCACCCCCUGAGCAUCACACAAUGACUAGAAACCCCACCCCUGUGCAUUGCACAAUGGCCAGCCAAUUGGAAACCCCACCCCUGCACAUCGCACAAAGGAUAGAAACCCCACCCCUGUGCAUCAUACAGUGGCCAGAAACAUAGAAACCCCACCCCUGAGCAUCACACAAAGGCCAGAAACAUAGAAACCCCACCCCUGUGCUUUGCACAAUGGCCAGCCAAUUGGAACCCCACCCCUGAGCAUCACACAGUGGCCAACAAAAGAGAAACCUCCCUAAUCAUCGCUCAAUGGCCAGAAACAUAGGAACCCCCGAUCAUCGUUCUAUGGCCAGAAACAUAGAAACCCCCGAUCAUCGCUCUAUGGCCAGAAACAUAGGAACCCCCGAUCAUCGCUCUAUGGCCAGAAACAUAGGAACCCCCGAUCAUCGCUCUAUGGCCAGAAACGUAGGAACCCCCGAUCAUCGCUCUAUGGCCA